UUGGUUGCUCGGAAUAACACGACAACACUUUUGCUCUUGUUUUUCUCCGCAUUUUUGGACGAUUUUGUGUCGUUAGUUGCCAAUUCACACGAAAUUCUUCGAAAAAUCCACGUUUGAGGGAAUAUUUUAACAAAAAAACUCGUCAAAAUGUUCAUGAAUCGCGUGAAAUUCUCAUCUUCGGUCCUCACUCAACAGAUAAGACGCUUGAAGAGUACCUUGGUGCUAGCUGAGCACAAUAACGAAGCAUUGAACCCAAUUACGGCGAAUGCGGUGACUGCAGCGAAGAAAUGCGGCGCUGGCGAUAUCACAGUUCUUGUUGCUGGAACAAAAUGUGGACCGGCAUCUGAAGCUGCUGCCAAGUUGGAAGGUGUCUCGAAAGUCUUGGUAGCUGAAAAUCCCGCUUUCAAUGGAUUCACAGCCGAAGCAAUGACAGCCUUGUUAGUUGCCACCCAAAAUCAGUACAAAUUCACACACAUCGUUGCCGGUGCAACUGCCUUCGGAAAAGCCGUCUUACCACGCUUCGCCGCCAAAUUAGACGUUUCGCCCAUUUCCGAGGUCAUAGAUGUCGCUUCCGAAGACACCUUUGUCCGUACAAUUUACGCCGGAAACGCCAUUCUCAAGUUGAAGGCAAAGGAUCCCGUCAAAGUUCUCACGGUUCGCGGCACAAAUUUCGAGGCAGCCAAAGAAGGUGGCAACGCUGCCAUCGAAAAAGCCCCCGAAGGCGAUUACAAGACAGACUUGACGGAAUUCGUGGGACAGGAACUCACAAAAUCCGAACGCCCCAGUUUGACAGCUGCCAAAGUCAUCAUUUCCGGGGGACGUGGCUUGAAGUCUGGCGACAACUUUAAAUUGUUGUACGACUUGGCAGAUAAGUUUGGAGCAGCGGUGGGGGCAUCACGGGCUGCUGUCGAUGCUGGAUAUGUGCCAAAUGACUUGCAAAUUGGACAAACGGGAAAAAUUGUCGCACCAGAUCUUUACAUUGCUGUUGGCAUUUCGGGAGCGAUUCAGCAUUUGGCUGGCAUGAAAGACUCCAAAGUUAUUGUUGCCAUCAACAAAGAUCCGGAGGCGCCAAUUUUCCAGGUUUCGGAUUAUGGAUUGGUUGCGGAUUUGUUCAAAGCUGUGCCCGAACUCACAUCGAAGGUUUAAGAAAAUGAGAUUUUUUUAAAAUUUUUUUUAAUCACGAAAUAGCUCUUCCGAAUUUUUGGUACGUUUCCUAAGGAAAAAAUAAAAAUUUGCAAUACGUAA